UUUCUCUUCAAAAUACAAGGUUUUCUUUUCUCUUCCAACAGUUGUAUGUAUAUUUUGUGUUGCGUUAUUACGUAGUGAUUUCGAAGCUUCAGCGGUGAGUCUUCACAUUGGCACAAAUACAACAUGACCAUUGUAGUCUUACGCAUUGUGACGAUUUCUGACUAGAAUUUUGAGCGAAUUCAACACCACAGAUCGCACAUAAAACUGGCACUUUUCAAGUUUCAUUUACUCAUUGUAGGAUUUUUCUUCGUUUUUUUCUUUUCUUAUGAUUUAGUGAUUAAAUUUAAUAAAAUUACUCAGAACUCAUCAUUUAUUGCUUGCGAUUGUAUUUAGGACGGACAAUAUUAACGAUCAACAACGUAAAUUUUUACGAGUCCAAAAUUGGUGAUAAGGAUGGCUGAUUGUUUGGGUACGGGUCGGGGUCUAUGGUCGAGCUUCUGUGCUCGUUUGUUGUCACGUUUUAUGAAAUAUAAUAACGAGUUUUUUUAAUGAAUGAUGGUUAAAAUAAAAGAAGAAUCGUCUCCGAUGGAGGAAUGCGACGUGACGAGUGAUAAUCUCAUCAUGGAGCUCGGCGAAAGCAGUGUAGUCGACAUAGAAGCACUUCCUUCAAAAAUCAGAUCGUAUUUGAAGAUGGACCACGUUGAAUUUCCGGCUCCUUUACUGGAUUAUUGGAAAAAAGAAACUUCAACGCUUCCGAAACUUACUCAAUCGCUGUAUAUUGACGAAGAAACCUUUUUAGACACGUUGUUACACAUCAUUCUCCCAUUGCGUAAGGUCUGGCAACAGUUUUAUUCAGAAGGGAUGAAGGGGUGGCAAGUGAAACAGUGGCUGCCUAUUUGCUUGAGCAGUUACUUAAGUUUGAAAGUUAUAGCCAAGGAAUAUCUGAAAGAGCCAAACGGAUUAUUUUUUUCUUUAUUUGAAUUGUGGCCUUAUUCUGAGAAACGCUUUCAAGAAUUACUUCCUUACAAACCAAAGGAUCCUUAUCCUUAUGAUGAGCAGACUUUUUAUAGACCCAGUCAUGCAAGAGUCGUCAAACCGGAAAUGAAUUCUAUUUUAAAAGGAAUUCUAAUCAUUCACAUGCUGGAUGAUUACUUUGGUGAAAAAGUACAAAAAGGAAUUAUAAAAAUCAUGCGAGAGAAGUAUUCGGUGGACAGUUCGGAAAAAUUGUGGAAGAUUUUAAGUGAGGAUGGAUUUGAUGUAGCUGAAUUCGUCGAUUCGUAUAAGGUGCUGGGUGCAGACUUCCCCGUGAUAUCGACUCAUCUACAAAAUAAUACCGAUAUCAUUUUCGAGAACGAUGCCAGUUCUAGGUAUCCUAAAUUCCCUAUCACUGUCUGUACGAUGUCAGAUAGUGGAAACAAAGUAGAAAAAAUUAUGAUCGAAGGAGCAGCGACUGUACUUCCAUUUAAGGAGAAGGGAGCGAAGUGGAUUAAAGUCAACAGUUCCAAUGCGGGAUUAUAUGCUUUGAACUUUAACGGAGAUCUGAAGAAUAUUUGUUCGUUGCCAAUUUCCGAGCUCGAAAAAUUGAAUUCUGUCGACAGAGCCAGUGUGUUACUCAACCUCGAUUUCUCGACUAUAGAUGGUCUAAAGCUUGCUACGGAGUGCUUCGGAUUUUUAAAAGACGAAAAAGAUAUAAUACCGUUGGCUACAGGGUAUAGAAAAUUUCUGUAUAUAAAUCGGUUCUUGUACGGAACACAGAGCCACAAACUAUUUUUAUCCCAUAUCAAAUCGUUAUUCAAUGUAGAGGGAGAUAUCUUCGAUGAUGAAUUAAAUAAGGACGACGCGAAGCGGGCGUUUCAUUGCAUGAUGUUCCAUAUCGGAUGUUUCGUGGGAUCAGAACUAUGCCUGGAGAAGGCAAAACAGAUACUCCAGGCUUGGCUAGAAGAUGAUACUUCUAUACCUGUAGAUUUUCUUAAUUGUGCGUUCAUUUACGGAGCUAAAGGCUGUACAGCUUCCGGUGAAAAGAUACUAGAAAAAUACCUCAACGAAGAGGACGAAUUGAAAAAAAGGUUAUUGGCCCGUGCUCUAGGCACUUUGAAGGAGGCAGAUUUAGAAAUGUGCUUUACCAAAAUGAUCUUGACGGGAAAAAUGCCUCCUGACCAUGUGAUGAUUUUUUUUCGCGCGUGUGCGAAAGUCACGUCUUUUCAUCCUGCUUGGAAAUUUUUGAUAACAUCGCGUGAAAGUCUUAUCGAGCAGUUGAAAAUGGAUGUAUUCAUGUUGAUUAUUGGCGAAUUUGUACCGUCUAUGUAUCUGGAUGAACAUUUUGCCGAGCUUGACGACUUGCUGAGUGUUUCAAAUUACGAAGAAAAAAGAUGCAUAAUUGAAACUGCGAAGAAGAAAAAAGCAUUUAUCUCAGAAGAUGAACGGUUACAUGGACAGUCGGAGUAUUUCGUUGCAAAACGUGCGAAAUUGGACGAGCCCGCCAUUCCGGGCAGACUUCCCAAUCUAGAAGUAUCGAAGUUGAAAGAAACGACCUUAUGGGACACGUUGGAAUUUUUCCGAAAUUUGGAUGUAACAACAGUUUCUCGCAUUAACGCGUGGGAAAUCAUAAGAACGUUUUAUCAAUUCUCAUUUCGAGAUAGACUAUGCAUUUUUCGACCUCCUUGUUGGGGUAAAACAACCACAUUGCAUAUUUUAAAAUUGUACUAUUCAAAAGUGUUCGACAAGGAAACAUCUGAGGAAAAGAAAGAUGUUAUCCCGAUAGAUGUUUUCAAAGGUCGUCGAAGCUUUUUGUUUGACGAAAAACAAUUAGCUUUCUUUCAUGGCGCUGAAGAUGAGACAAUUCUUACCGAAAAGGUGAACAGACAUAAGGAAUCGUAUGUGUGUUUUCAUCUGGAUCUUUCCGUCGUCGUUAGCAGUACACUUUCCGAAAUCGAAAUUGAAAUCACCGACGCAGUUCAUAAAACGUUAGACACUUACAAAUCUUUUUUGUCUGAACACGUACGGUUUAAAAAAUGCAUAGAUCGAUCUUGUACUGAAACCGGUGACCACCUCAAUAUACUAAGGAGUGCCUUAGCAUACCUGAAGAACAAGAAGGAAUUUGGAUCGGCUGAUGGACUUUUAUUUAUCGACGGAAUAGAUUUGCCUCUUCAAAAAUUGCGGAACACCGAAGACAGAGAACAUAUCACAAAGUCGCUGGAGAGUUUAACAACACAUCUCGUUGCGGAUGGUUAUCGAAUUAUUUGCUUCGGCGUAUUUCCCAAAUUUUGUCGUGAAGCGAUAGGCGAAAGAGAGUGGAGACUCGGCAGUCUUGAUGAAGCAACUUUAAAACCAGUGUUUGGAUUGAAUCACGUCGAGGUAAUGAACGUGAACAACGAAGACGCUAAUUUAGCGGAAUUUGCCGGCGGUUAUACCUAUCCUGGAACGAAACAGUUUUCACAUUAUUGUAUGCAUUUACGGGAAAACAACGAGUCUGCGUUCGAAGAAUUUAGGUUGAGAUCCACAUCGUACUCCGUUAUUUGGGAAAGAUUUGGCAAAUCUAACGACCUUUGCAAGCUUUCGUUGAACCUCCUGGACAACGGUUAUGUUUUCGCAACCAAAAAAGGAUGGCCGUGGGAUCGGCGUUUACCAGAUUUUUUAUAUCACAGUGGCUUUGUUGUGAAGACGUGUGCCGGAAAUUUACCCCUUGAAGUGUGGCGCAAUGUAAAGAACGAUCGUGAAAAUCAAGCCGACCCAACGGAGUUGGUGUAUUAUAUAUUCCCCAAUGAAAUAAUGAAGAAUUCUCUGCGGAAUUUUCUUUGCUUACGAGCCAAACAUGAAUUCCCAGAAAGCGACGGUGAACUUAGCAUUACAGAAAUGAUACAGGAAUUAGCGAAGGAACCUAUAACUGACAUUCCAUCUCGGAUAUGUAAACUGUAUGAGCCUACGAAAAUUAACAGCGAAGAAGACUACGAAACGCAACUCCGGGCGAUACUUUCUGCUGCAUUGGAAGACAGGUUCAACGUCCACUGUCAAAUGCGAAGUGCAAGUCGUAUCGUAGACAUUGCUGUAUGUUCUAAAAAGGUGGCUAAAUCGCGUAAUUAUAUUAUCAUGAACUCGUGGUACAGCAUAACAUCAUCUGGACCUAAUGCGAAGCGAGAUCGACAUGAAGCAGAAUUGAAUGAUCUAUCUGAGGCAGCGGUGCAUCAAGUAAUAUGCCGAAAGUACCGCGGGAAUGUUGAAGAUAGUGGAAACACAAUUUUUAUGGGUGUUGGCAUAUCACAACAUGGUAUUUACUGUACAAUAACUACCUAUGAAAGUUGCGAAGGUUGUCAAUGUGAUAAACCAGAAGUACUCUGUGACAUUUUCAAAAAAACAAAAUUUGAACGCGUUUAUGGACUACUUUGAGAUAGUAUUUUGAUUUUGAAGGCAAUUAUGAUUGAAUUGAUUACACUAUGGAGCAGAUAUCGAACAUCCCUGAUUCCAUCCACUGGCCAUAUUCAGCAAUAUUAGCACACGUUACUUUUAGCGUGGAAGCUUCGUUUAGGAUCUAGUACUUGUGUUCAAUGUUGAACUAAUUGUGUAAAUUGUUUUUGUUCAUCUA